CACAGUUUAAAAUAUACCGUAAAUAUACGGUGAAAAGGUAUGUGAUAAAAAAUUUUGAUUUGAUUGAUAAAAAAUGUUGAUCCUACGCAACAUUUGCUGGCUGCAGCGACGCUGGAAAAGUGGAGGGAAGAAGCGAUGGAAUGUCCUGCAGAACAAGAAAAACAACUGCGACCGGGCCUUAGAAAGCUUCGAUGACUUCUACGGCUCUGUGUACGGCGGACGGUGGAAGAACAUGCGAGCCGCGUUGCUCACGAGGCACAAGUACAUUGCUAUGGUGAACAAUUUCGGGGACACGGAACAGACCUGCAGCAUGCUGGAAACGGAUGGGGCCAUCAACAUGAAGUCCCUCAUCAAUUUGGCUCAGGAACGUCUUCAGGGGACAGACCCGGCGCUGAAGGGCCAGGGCCAGAAUCGUUACGAAAUAGACGACAAACUUGAUGCUUUGCUGAGAAAGCAACAGGAACGCGAGGUGGCGUCGAUUUAUCCCAGCGCUGGAGAGGGUGGCGCGGCUGUUCAGAUGCCACAACAACUGAAGUACGACAAUGUCGAGGAAAAGGAGGAGUCACAAACAGAGUCGCCGGACUUUAAGCAGAGCCUGACAAAAGCGCUGGAGGAAGAUGUUAAACUGGAUGAGCACCGCCUAGUCGAUCCUCAGUUCGGCACCGGCGGCCUGUACGAGUAUAUGCCUGCGCACAGCAUCAAGGGAAUGGAGGACUGGGUGGCAGAGUCGGAGCACUACAAAUACUAUCAGACCAGUGCGGACUUUCCCCUCAGGAUAGAGCCGGAAACUUCGUUUCACUUUCCCGAACACUUGGCCCUUUACACCUACGAGAUGGGAAACUGCUCGGACUUCAAGGCCCCGAAGAAAUGCCUCACGGGCGUCUCCUCUCAUUUCCUGAUGGAUGGCGCCUCCACCCUGCCCCCACUCUUCCUGCAGGUGCAGCCCGGCGAAAAGGUGUUAGAUGCCUGUGCCUCGCCGGGUGGCAAGUCCCUGUUGCUGCUGCAGACACUGCAUCUGGACCAACUGGUGUGCAACGAUAUCCAGGAGUCGCGACUGAACAGACUGCGCCGACUCAUGCAGGAGUUCCUGUUUGACUACAAGCAGCGGUCGGCAGCAAGGCAUCUGAUCUUCAGCCAGAGUGAUGCACGCAAUCUAGACGAGUACGAGCAGUACGACAAAAUACUGGUGGAUGUGCCCUGCACCACCGAUCGACAUGUGGUCAUGGAGCAGGACAACAACAUCUUCAAGCCGUCGCGUAUUAAGGAGCGACUGCGCAUACCCGAGCUCCAGGCGGGCAUUUUGACAAACUGUUUGCGCCUGCUUCGACCCGGCGGCAGCCUCGUCUACUCCACCUGCUCGCUAUCUCCCAUUCAAAACGAUGGCGUGGUCCACAUGGCCCUGCAGAAGGUCUUCGUCGAACAUGGCAUCACUGCCACCAUCAAAGAUCUGAGCCGACACACGGAGCUCUUUUCGGAUAUUUUCAAGUUUGAGCAUCCCAAGGGUCUCAAAUAUGGACAAAUGGUGAUACCCUAUCUGCCAGCAAACUUUGGCCCAAUGUAUUUUAGUAAAAUUACAAGAAAUGUAUGAAAAUGUAUUUUCCUGAAUAGAAACUGAGGCGUAAA